AAUUCCCAAAAAAAUCAAGACCUUUUGCUUUUCUGUCCUUUUUAUCUAUUCCCUCUCUCCUUUUUUUAUUCUCCCAGUUUUAAAGAAGAAAGUUGCAGACGUGAUGACUUUACAAGACCAAGAGUCAAGUCAGCUUCUUUCUACUUCCCAACCUCAUUAUACUUCUUUACCUUCCAGUGAAGCACAUCAACAUGGAAACAAAAAUAACAAACAGCGUUGGAGCAUAGGCAUAUUAAUCACAAUUACCAUUUUGUCGUUAUUUGGUUCGGUUACAUAUGCUCUAGCUACCCAUCGAAGUCAUGGCUCUGGUUUGAUAUAUAAUAACGGUACUCAUGAAUUCAAACCUACUGUUAUUUUUAUCUCGUUGGAUGGUGUAGUCAACCAUGACCUUGAUCUUUCAGUGACUCCUUAUUUAUCUGAUAUUGCUGAUACUGGAAUUCGCGCUCAAUGGAUGACUCCUUCUUUCCCGCCAAUCACGUUUCCAAACCAUUGGUCUUUAGUCACUGGUCUAUAUCCCGAAUCGCAUGGUAUCGUUGGCAAUUAUUUUUAUGAUCCGAACUUCAAGGAUUACUUCAAUUAUAAGGAUCCAUCACAUAGUUGGGAUGAAAAAUGGUGGGGUGGAGAACCUAUUUGGAUUACUGCAGUCAAGCAAGGCAAAAAAGCUGGUGUAAUCAUGUGGCCAGGAUGUAGUACUAUUUUUGAUGAUUAUCAACCUACUUUCACGAUACCAUACAGUGAUGCAAUGACAUUUGAUGAAAAAUCCGAUAUUGCUUUGGAAUGGUUGGAUUUGCCUUCGGAACAUCGUCCACAAUUCAUUGGUCUCUAUGUUCCUGAAAUUGAUCAAGCUGGUCACAAGUAUGGUCCUUAUCAUAACAAGACGCUGACACAAUUACAACUUGCUGAUAGUAGUAUUGGCCGACUUAUGCAAGGACUUGAACAACGCAAUUUGACAGAUAUUGUUCAUAUUAUGGUAGUGAGUGACCAUGGCAUGUCUGCAACAGAUACUUCAAGACUGGUAUUUUACGAUGAUGAAUUGACCUCUGAAGAAUUAGAUUUGAUUUGGAAAAUAGAAUUAUACCCUUCACUUGGCAUCCGACCUAAAGUACAGAAUGGACAAUCCGAAACGGAAGUGGUUGAUCGACUUUAUAAAGCAUUCACAAGACUUCAAGAACGUCAUGGUGGAGAGAAGGCUCCGUUCCAAGUAUUCAAGAAACAAGAUAUUCCUGCUCGAUUCCAUUUCAACGACAAGGACAAUGCACGUAUUGCCCCUCUGUUGGUACUUCCUGAUCCUGGUUGGAACUUGGUGACACGACAAGACUUUGAUCCUGAUCAUGAUACAGUCUUCCAUCCAAGAGGUACCCAUGGUUAUGACAACUUGUCUCCUGAAUCCAGAGCCAUCUUUGUUGCUAAAGGUCCCACUUUGAACAAAGGUGAUAUAUUGAAACCAUUUUGGAAUAUUGAAUUAUAUCAAGUUCUCUCUCGUCUCUUAGAAAUCAAACCCGCUCCCAACAAUGGUACGCUACACGGAAGAUUGGAAGUGGACUAAAUUCUAGAAUAGAUUAUACCUUUUUUUUUUUUU